CAUGCAGUUUGGUAUUAAAAUGUUUCCAGUACCACCAACCAUUGUGUUGUUACACAUUUGAGAUGAUAGACACACGUUGAGCUGAGGGUUUUUGGUUUUUUUUUGUGGAGGGGGCGAUUCAAACCAACCGCACUGGCAACCAGGCACAGACGGUGAACAACGUUGCAGCUGUUCAUUUUUGAGGUUGUAUCCACACACACACACACACACACAAAAAAAAAGUGUGCAGAGAGAGAGAGAGAGAGCUACUGUAGAGACAGAGCGAGCUUAGCUAACGAUAGUCAGGUCGGACGGCGGCGAGGCCCCAACCGGACGGGAAACACCGGGGAAACCAUGGCCAACAUCGCAGUACAGAGGAUAAAACGGGAAUUCAAGGAGGUGCUCAAAAGCGAAGAGACGAGCAAAAACCAGAUAAAGGUGGAUCUGGUGGAUGAGAACUUCACAGAACUUAAGGGGGAGAUAGCAGGCCCACCUGACACACCGUAUGAAGGGGGUAGAUAUCAACUAGAAAUUAAAAUUCCAGAGACGUAUCCAUUCAAUCCACCCAAGGUGCGGUUCAUCACAAAGAUCUGGCAUCCCAACAUCAGCUCAGUCACAGGUGCAAUAUGUCUGGACAUUCUCAAAGACCAGUGGGCAGCAGCUAUGACACUGAGGACGGUCCUCCUGUCACUACAAGCCUUACUGGCAGCCGCAGAACCAGAUGAUCCACAGGACGCAGUGGUAGCCAAUCAGUACAAGCAGAACCCAGAGAUGUUCAAACAGACGGCGAGGCUCUGGUCUCACGUCUAUGCAGGCGCUCCCGUCUCCAGUCCGGAGUACACACGCAAAAUAGACAAACUCUGUGCCAUGGGCUUUGAAAAAAAUGCAGUAAUAGUGGCGUUGUCGUCGAAAUCCUGGGACGUGGAGACAGCGACAGAGCUACUGCUCAGUAACUGAAUCUUGACACCCUCUUCAUCUUCAUCUUCCUCUUGAUCCCUAUCUCUCCUCCUCCUCACACAGUCACACCCUCUCUCCUCCAAAUUCCUGCUGUCUCAAGGCGUCCUUCCCCCUGUUGUUUCACAGUGGACUCCUCGCCUCCACGCUUCCCUUCUUCUCCACCCCUCUCCCUCCUUUAUCCCCCUCUGUGUGGCAUCUUGUCCUCCGCGCUCAUCACCUCUGCUGUACCACACUCCAGUUCGCUCUGUGAGCUCUUAUCUCUGGUUUCUUUAAGUCCAUUCAACAUUCCACUCCGUGCUACAAUCAGAAGUUCAACCACAUCUCGCCCCACUCUUUUGAAGCAAAUGCCAGACUUAAGACCCCGCCCACGCCCGCCAGUCUCCCAGCUUUCCUGGCUGUGUCCAAGAAGCGGCUGUGGCUUAUCCUUGCCUAUGCAGUGCAUUUACUUUCAUUUGUGAGAACCUUUUGUAGGAGAGAGUCGAGCCGUUGUAGGAGGCUCUUUUGAACAUGGUUACGAUUUGUACACACUGUUGGGCUGCUUUUCUAAACAGGGAUUGAGUCCUCGAUAUACCACAUUUUUAAAUUGAUAUCUCUUAUAAAAUGUUCUUGUGCUGUGUCCAACAUCACUAUGUUCACUCAUCCUUAUACAAUAAACACUCAGUAUUUUGGGCGUACUCUAAAAUGAGUAGUAAAUAGAUAUUUCUGGAAUCUUUUGAAUCAUUAUCUUGUUCCAUCACUGGGGAAUUUUUAGGGAACGUUUUUCACUUAAAAUUUAGUAAAUGUAGUGCAUCAGAUAGAAAAUAAGGAGUUAUUCACACGUACUUGAAAGAGUCUUAUUCCCUGUUCUGGAAACCAGCUCAUCAAGUGUCACUGAGGUGUUCACACAGUAGCCAUACUCAUUCUCAUGCCACGUUUGCCCCUCUUCAACUGUCUGACGAGCCCAAAGCAGCAAACCCCAGCGCCCAAUCCCCACACCUGUUCUUGACAUGGCUUACUUCACCUGUCCCCCACAUUUUUUAAAACUUUUAUUUGGUUUUGGCCUCCUGCAGGAAUACAUUUGGAUUCUUGUUUUUAAACUGAAAGAACACAAAACAAACAAACAAACAAAAAAAAAACAUGUUCAGCUGUAACACAACUUGUCACCAAGUCCGGAUGGAAAUAGUUCAAAAACGAGUUUGAAAAAUAUUGCAUCAUCUUAACUACGCCAACAGAUAAAUAUGUCAAAAUGAUUAAUCUGUAAAUAAAGAUAUUAAAGUCUGUGUAAAUUAA